AUGGAUUAUAAGUCAGUGGAUGAGUACAAUUCGGUCUUGUUUAAGACGGUCUCAAUGUUGAGACUUUGUUGUGAAGUAGUAACCGAAGAAGAGUUGCUCGAGAAAACAUUCUCUACGUUUCAUUCCUCAAACAUAAUCCUGCAGCAGCAGUACCGAAUGAAAGGCUUCGCCACAUACACUGAUCUGAUCUCGUACUUGGCCGGCCGGAAAGGAAACCACAAUAACCGUGGUCGUGGUUCCAAUCUCGGCCGUGGCCGAGGUGGUUAUGGACGAGGUCGAGGCGGUAUAUCUAAACCGUGUUACUCGACCAAAUCCGUUUGUCACAGAUGUGGGAUGAGCAACCGUUGGGCCAAGAAUUGUAGAACUCCUAAGCACUUAUGUGAGCUCUACCAAGAGAGUCUUAAGGACAACAACCCGGAGGCUCAUAUGGUCCAUGAUUCCGGUUAUCCGGCUGAUAAAGAAUCCGAUGUUGCAAAUGACGACCUGAUGGACUUUGAGACUUCUGAUUGUUUCAAAGACUAA